GAGUCGACGAACUGCCUGCUAUCUCGACUGUAAAAGAAUCACUAACACUUAUACUUUAAGUACAAUAAUUUUGUAAAUUUUUCACGAAAAGUUUACCAUCAAAAUUCAGAAAAUGAUAUUCAGAUCUUUCUAUUUUCUUUCUUUAAUUAUAUUCACAGUGAAAAGUGAAAAUAAUGCAUUUAAUAUUAUGCAAAAUAUUUUGUCGGAAUAUGAUAAUACCACUGCAUCAGAUAAAAUCAUUUCUCCGUGGCUUCUUAAACAAGUGAUAAAUUUCUUAAACUGUGGUCCUUUACCAAAAUUACACAACGGUAGAAUACAAUAUAUCAUAAAGUGGGAAGAACAAAAAAUAUAUCUGGAACAAAAGUGCAAUCGCUAUUUUCGAGCAAGCCAACGGAAUACGACUGACGUUGUUUGUCUGAAUGGUAAAUGGAAGUAUCAAGAUAUAAAAUUGUUAACUUGUCUUCAAGAUGGUGAAUGGAACUUUGCAACACCUGUCUGCACGUUGAAAUGCUUUGUACCAGAAAUUGCUGGCAGAGUGGUGACUAUUUCUGAAGAUACAAUUUUAAAACCCAGAACAUUAAUUAAUGAAGGAAGAAAAGUGAUAUAUUCUUGCAAACGAUCUUUCAUUCCAGUUGCGUUUGGUGCCGUUCAAUGCUUGUUAGGUAAAUGGUACCCAGACAUGCAGUGCAGAAAAUCGUGUACAAUUGAGACACAAAGUGGAUUAAACUUUAUUUUGUUACAUAAUUCUUCAGUUAUUGAAUACAGCUGUUCAGCAGGAGAAACAUUGUUGGGAGAUUCUAAAAGGACCUGUUUAGAAAAUGGAACUUGGAAUGGAACACUUCCAAGGUGUGUGAAGAGCUGUCAACUGUUACCCGAAUUUGGCAUAUAUAGCUACCGUUAUUCAGACAAUUUGCAAUAUCUUCCGUUUGGUAGCUUAAUUCCACAAAAUACGAAUAUUACUUAUUCAUGUCGCGCCAAUUACACGAGAAAUUCUAACGGAAAUGUUACUUGUAAUAAUGGUGUCUUGAGUCCGCGACCAAUCUGUUCAUAUAUUAAUACAAAUUAUAUUUCGCUGAAAAAGGGCAUGCUUCAUUACAAAAAAUAUUCAUCAGCGUCGAUUUGUACCUCAAAAUAUACUUGCAUAUAUUUUGGCUUCCUUGAUAUAGGUUGUGAAAAAAUUACAUGUAACAACUUUAAUUGUGUUACUGUGCAUUUUAACAAUGCCACGUCAGAAAUAGAUUUUAGGCUAGUCCAUAGAAGUUGUUGUGGUUUGAGGUGUUAUUGACUGUAAUACCAAAGUACUCCGUGCCUGAAGCUUUUUCGUAUUCACAAACAUAUAUAUGCAUGCAUAAUUUGUUUUGAAAUGGAAUGGAAUAUAUUCCACAUUUACCUAAAGAACUAUAGCAAUGUAAGUGAAGCAAUUCUGCUUUGUAUUUUCGCCACCUUUUAUAAACUAUAAUUACUGGAAUUGAAUUAUUUUCCUUACAUAUUUAUGCACAAAUUUUGUUUAAUUUGACAAUGUUCAACCCCGCAGGAGCGAUAAUAUUUUUUUUUUUAAUGUUUUGGAACGAAAAUAUAAAUGUACUCCAUACACACUUUGUAUUAGAUGUGAACAGAACCUGAUUUAAGUUUAAAUGGGUUGGAUGUCAAGAUUAUUACGUAAACCGGGUGAUGGUUUCGUUAAAACAGCUUUUUGUUUUCUCUGCAUAUGACUUAAAGGAAAGAUUAAAUAAAACUCGUCUUUACAAAUGUUUAAUAAACGUUUAUUAUGUCAAUGUAUUGAAUAAU